GUUACAAAUUUUCUUCCAACAUUCAGGCCCAAAACUAUACUAAAUUAAAUCCCACUGUUCGCACACAUUGUACCACGGUGCGCGUUAUGCCGUGCGUGCCACUAGCAAGAAGAAGAGAGCUCGCCGUCUGCAUCAGCUGUUUGGUCUCAACAAUAGGGUAAAAUAUUGUUGUAGUUAUUUUUCGUACCGUUCAACCAGAGAUUUCCUUGGCAUUUGUUACCUUGGCGCCGAUUAAUUAAUUUAUAAAACGUAAUCAAUGGUUGGCUAAUUGAUAGCAGCGAGUGAAUAGCCAAAACGCUAAAUAGAAAGAAGAAGAGAUCUUGCGGCCUGAGCGCUCGGAACGACGUGUGAAAAGAAAUCAGAAAAAAGCGAAGCAGCAGCACAAAUACACGGACGCGCGCUCACACACACAAACACACACCAAUACAAAGUUAAACAAGUGCAGAGAUACAGCCAAAGCGUUGAGCGCAAUCUAUUUUAUUCACAUUUUCCACAAAUAAAAUAAAGACAGGCCGCAGCUGAGCAGCGAAAAAUACAAAAAAUAACAAUUGCGUCGUACAACAAACCAGAAGAAGACGUUUAAAAUAUCUCUGCAAAGAGCUGUGCGCAAGCCAAAUCCUAUGACUGGACGAAAUUGGUUGUCAAAAUAAGGAAUAACAACAAAAAUAUAGCCAGUAGCACCAAAAGUGUUGCCCCUAAGCAAGAAGAGAGUGUGCGCGAGUGCAAACGGGGUGGCGAGACAGCUGAGAUUUCCGUAACAUCAGGCAGCAAAGCUAGGGCUCCAAAAUGAGCAUGGUGCGGCGCAUCAUAUUGCUGGCUCCGAGAUAUAAGAUUUGGACAAAGGGAACCAGCGUCGGUCAUACACAACACACAUCCAGAUGUCUCAUCGUAAGCACAAGCGGCACGCUGGUGUCAAGUGGUGUGCGUCGGUUUCAUCUUGCCACACGCCAUUGCGCAGCCGGUGGACAAAUAAUGCUGGAGCCAGUCAUGGCCAUACCCGCCUACAUUGAUAUCACGAAUGGCGUUACUACAAUGACAGAUUCGAGUAGCAGCAGCAGCAGCACGAGCAGCGGUAGCGGCAGCGGCAGCAGCAGUGCCUCAAGUAGCGGCGGCUCUGGCAAGCUGCCAGGCGCUGGAGCAAGCGGUGGUGGAGCAAGCACAACCGGCGGUCAACCGCCUGGUGGUGGCGAUAAAAUUCUCUCCUGUCCCAAAUGCGGCAGCGCCUGCACUCAAGUGGAAACAUUUGUUAGCUCUACGCGUUUUGUGAAAUGUGCCAAGUGCAAUUAUUUCUUUGUGGUGCUCUCCGAGCUGGAGACAAAGCAUCGCGCCAAGGACGAGCCCAAGAAUCAGCGCAAGCCGCCACCACCACCGCAAAAGAUAAUGGAGUACCUGGACAAGCAUGUGGUGGGCCAAGAGUUUGCCAAGAAGGUGUUGGCCGUAGCAGUUUACAAUCAUUACAAGCGCAUACAUCAUAAUCUGCCGCAGCUGCAGCAGCAGGCGAGCGCCAGCCAUGGCAGCAGCUCUGGCGGCCUGGACGGCAUACCUCGCUCAGAUCUCUUGCAUAUAACGGGCAUUGGUCAUACAUUAAACAGCACGCCAGGCAGCGAGCUGCCGCCCAAAUCGCCAGCUCAAAUGGGUUUGAGUGGUGCUGGUCUCAGUGGUUCCGGUUUGGGCAGUGGCAUGCAUACUGGCAGCACUUCAACGCAUGGACGCGGCGAUCAUCGUCCCGGCUCCGACAUACUGGAUAAGCAUAACAAUGAGGUUAAGCUGGAGAAAAGCAAUAUUAUUAUGCUGGGUCCAACGGGCUCGGGCAAAACGUUGAUUGCUCAAACAAUUGCACGUUGCUUGGAUGUGCCGUUUGCCAUUUGUGAUUGCACAACGUUGACACAAGCUGGCUACGUGGGCGAAGAUAUCGAAAGCGUUAUAUCAAAGUUGCUGCAGGACGCCAACUACAAUGUGGAACGCGCUCAGACUGGCAUUGUGUUUCUGGAUGAAGUGGAUAAAAUUGGCGCUGUACCUGGCAUACAUCAGCUGCGUGAUGUGGGCGGCGAGGGCGUGCAGCAGGGCAUGCUUAAGAUGCUGGAAGGCACCGUUGUCAAUGUGCCUGAGCGCAACUCACCACGCAAGCUACGCGGCGAAACGGUGCAGGUGGAUACAACCAACAUACUGUUUGUCGCCUCAGGUGCCUACACGGGCUUGGAUCGCCUCAUUGCACGGCGCCUUAAUGAAAAGUAUUUGGGCUUUGGCAUGCCCUCAACAAGUGGUUCGGGUCGUCGUGCUGCGCAAGCGGUGGCCAGUCCCAUGGAUAAUGAUCAGGAGGAGCGUGAUAAGUGCCUUACUAAGGUGCAGGCGCGUGAUCUCGUUGAGUUUGGCAUGAUACCUGAAUUUGUUGGACGCUUUCCGGUCAUAGUGCCUUUCCAUAGCUUGAAUGUCAGCAUGCUGGUGCGCAUUCUUACUGAGCCACGCAAUGCUUUAGUGCCGCAAUACAAAGCGCUGCUAGGCUUGGAUGAAGUAGAUUUAAGCUUCACGGAAGAAGCAGUGCAAUCAAUAGCAAGCUUAGCCAUGGAACGACACACCGGUGCGCGUGGUCUGCGCUCUAUAAUGGAGCAACUGCUGCUGGAUCCCAUGUUUAUUGUGCCAGGCUCCGACAUUAGAAGCGUUCACAUUACAGCCGACUAUGUUAGAGGGAACGAUACACCUGUUUACAGCCGCGCUACGGACGACGAGACAACGGCGUCUGGUGGCACUACAGAAACCACAGAUGAGAACACCAACGAUAAUGAUAAAAACUUUGAGGAUAGUGAAAAAUCGUGUUUAAAUGAUAAAUUGCUUGGCUCUUAGCCCGUUUACUACAAUUAUUGAAUGGCCCCCCCAAAUGCGCAAUAUGAAUAUGAAUACGAAUACAUUUCUACAUAUAUUUUCAUACAUUUUUCAACUGUGAUUCAUAACUCGAGAGCAGCGCAGCCAUAAUAAUUCAAUAAUCAUUCAAUCAGCAGAUUUAUCCAAUUACUUUCAUCGCAAUGUUAAACAAACAAUAAAAUAUUUUGUAAAUUUGAAAAUUGUUAUUGCGUUUUGGCUCGGCGCAUAAAUUUGUAUAAAACAAUUAUAGGCAAUUCAAAUUACACCUUGGUAGUUGACAAAGUGAGAUAAAAAUUUUUUAUUAGUCCUAAUGACAAGAUGUGAAGCAAAUAACAUAUAAUACAUACAUAUAACUAGUUUAAUUUAAGUUGUACACAAAAUCAAUAC